AUGUUUGGCCAGACGGCUUGGCAAAGCUGGAGGAAGCCGAAGCCCUCUUCAAGUUCGAAGCGCUCUGCCCUCAAGGCUGAAGCAGCAAGCUUCUUCCAGGAGUUCAGCCGAGACGUGCGGCAACUGCCUCAAGGGGGCUCUGAAGACCUUACUUUGGAGAAGGCUAAUGAGGCUGUUUUGACCGUCAAGAAGCGGUUUUGGGCCCUGAAGAAGGGUCUCUGGGGGCAGCUUGGAUGGAACGAGGUUUACCAAGAAUGCUGCAAGAUCGAUCAACACGGGAAAUUUGGCAGGGAUCUGAUGAGAAAGGCAUUCGCUCUUGUCGUCGGUUCCAAGUUUACUGUUGAGGCCAUAGACCGUUUGGUCUGCAUUGCGAUCCCGGACGAGGCGGGCACAGCCUUCGAUCUGGCACAAGAAUGGAAAGCAGCCGAGAAGACUGAGGAGUCCUCGAGGUGGCGGCAAAGCCAAGGUUGGUGGCAAGAUGGAUCCUGGAGUCAAGAGGGCAAGACUGGAGCAACUGGAGUGACUGGGGUGAGUGGGAUGCAUCUUACUCGCCAAGCAUCAAUAGGUGGUGCGGCCAGGCCGUAG